CUCUGGGUGAAUGGUGUGGACCUAGCGUUCUAAUUAAUUAUUGUUGUUAUAAAAAUCUUUCGCCUUUUGCAUGAGUUACAAAUAAUUUCAUAUUAAUCGGUCGUUCUGAUAAUAUACAUAUUAUGUAUAAAAUGUGAAGCAUUCUUGAUUUCACUCACGUGUUGUCCCGGUGGUUGAAAAUCUUCGCCGUCGGUUUCAAAGUUAUUAUUCGAAUCGUUUGUUUAGUUGUCACACAAAAUAGAAAUAUGCAACAAUGUGGAUUUUGUUCAAUGCUGUCAGGUUUAUUUAGACGGGCUAUGUGUGUUGCAAGUAGACGCGGGAGCAGCGAGUCUUAUUAUCGCGAACUUGGAGAUCAAGAAACAUUGAAGAUCGAUGAACAAUCUGUUGUAUCCAGUGAAGAGAUUGUUGAGAUCAAUCAACCGAAGAAGGUACUGGAGGAACUGGAGGAACUGGAGGAACCGGACAUUGACGUGAUGGCACGCCGUCACAUUAGCACGGGGCGAUUCCUGACGAUGCACAAGCGACGCAAGAAGCAUCUCCUGACCCGGACGCUGAGCCAUGAGGUGGCGCUGCUUGACGACUUACAACUAGGACAAGUCCAGUGUAUCCUGGAACAAUCGGGACUUUGGAGGUUUAACGCGUUCACCUUAGAAAACGUCUCAGGCGGUCGCAGCCUGCCAGUACUGUGCGUGCAUUUGUUCCACGUCUACGGAUUGAUUCCCCACUUCAAGCUAGAUGUGGCCAAUGCGUGGAAACUCUUCACCCUGAUCGAAGAGGGCUACCAUAGCACCAACCCAUACCAUAAUUCAAUGCACGCGGCCGACGUGACACAAGCUAUGCACUGCUUCUUACAACAGAAUCGGAUCCGGGAGUACCUGGAACCGCUGGAAAUAAUGGCAUCACUUCUGGCCGCGGUUGCCCACGAUAUGGAUCACCCAGGGGUUAACCAGCCGUUCCUCAUUGCUACAUCCAACCACCUCGCAUCGCUGUAUCAGAACACAUCAGUCCUUGAGAAUCAUCAUUGGCGGUCGGCUAUAAGCUGCCUCAUCGAGAGCGGAUUUCUGGACACAUGCGAUGUACGAGCGACGUUGGAACGACAGAUUAGCUCCCUAAUACUAGCCACGGACAUUACGCGACAGCAAGAGUACUUAGGUCGGUUCAAGAACCUACUUGAUACAGAAACGUUAGAUCUAUCUAAUCCCGAUCACCGACACCUGGUGCUACAAAUAGCUCUCAAAUGUGCUGAUAUAUCAAACCCCUGCCGCCCCUGGGAAAUCAGUCGGAAGUGGAGCCUGAAGGUAUGCGAGGAGUUCUUCCGUCAGGGUGAUUAUGAACGCAAGCUGAACCUUCCUGUGACUGCUCUGUGUGACCGCCAGAACACUACUGUACCUAAGAUCCAGAUAGGGUUCUUUAAGUUUGUGGCCACACCGCUGAUAGCCGAAUGGCACAAAUUUUUACAAAACGAUCUUUCAUCGCAGAUGAUUAACAAUCUCAAGUACAAUCAGAAAAAAUGGGAAACAUUAGUUGCACAGGAGUUGGCUGAAGAGAUAAGAACAGAAACAUCUGAUGCUGAAGUGGUUGCGGAUGAUGUAGAAAUCGGCUCAGAAACAAAUCUCUCAGAGAGUUCCGAAAUGCUUCUCCCUUUGCGUAGGAGUUCAUUUAAUCCACCAAAACCAACUAGCUUUAAAGAACAAUUAAGACGUUUUUCCGUGCCUCUCAAUAUGUUUCAAAGGGAUAAAAGCUAUACAUCGCUAUCUUUGAUUGAAAUUGAAGGUAAUGAAGACACUAGUGUGAAGGGCAGCCUCACCUCGAUUCAAUCGCAACAAAGCAUCACAGGGAAAUGUUCUUGCGAUGAAAAAGUUUUGAGUACCGAGAAUCUAUUACCAAACUCUUCUAUCGCCUCGAUAACAACUCCUGUUCAAGCUAGUAGGCUUAAAACAGUUCUCAAAGGUGGCAGGACAUUCAAACUUGUCCGUCAGAAGACUUUCCCGCCCAUGGAGUAUUCUGGGCAAGUGCACGCACUCCUUUGUCGCCCGUUGUAUACGAGUGCUGAAGGUACUAUUUACUCAGCCAACACACACCGUAAUGAAUGGGAAUUGCUGCGAGAUGAUAAAUUUAAGACUGAUAAUUUGUUUACUUCCAAUGUUGAAAUACAAGGAGGGGACAAUAAGGAGAAAGAAAAUGUUAACAUGCCACACCGCGGCAGCAAAUGGUGUCUCGGAAGCCAGCUGAGGGAGAACCUGACUUCAGUCAAUCUUGGGUUGUUUCCUGCUGAAGAUCAUCUAGGUCGCCGUAAAUCUAUGCCUGCGGAUGACUUAUGUGCCCCAAAAGAGAAGAUUAUGCGUGAAGUAGUCGCAGUUAUUCCGGAACUGCUUCGAGCUUUAGCCGGCAAUGAUUCUUCAUCACGAAGGAGAGGUUCUGCACCCGCUCCCAUCAGCCCGUCCGAGCUGCCAGGACUCGCGGCGCUAGCAGGGACAAAGAGCAACAACAACCCGAGGAGGAAACUGACGGUCACCGCUCAAAUAUGGAAGACCAAAGCUAACGAGACGUCUCCUCACCUCGUUCGCAGGAGUUCAUUACCGGUUGAGGUGAUGACAGAAAUAUCAUCACGCUGAACCAACUCAACUGUCUUCUUUUACAAUAUAAGGAAUGAAUCUUUCGAAGAAGGAACGAGCCUACGUAAUAUUAUUCUGACCACUACAGUUAUUUAGUGUUGCCAUUAUGGUGAGUAUGAAUUAGGUCGGGCAGACCCCAGGUAUCCGCCUGUACCUUUAAAUAUGACAAAUUUUGUAUAAGCACAAAAUUAUUGACUUUCUUAAUAUAAAGGAUGGCCAUAUUCAAAUGAACGGCCAACUGUUUAUAUGUUUUGUGAUUUUUUUUUAAGUGUUAUAUUAUCAAGGGAUAGAGUCUCAUCGUUUUUAUUUUAAAAGAUGUUUAAUCUUAGAUUAAUAUAUUAUUGCUCUAUUGGUCAUUAUAUGUACGAAGGGCGUGUGUAUGUAUUCACAUUGUUGGUUGAUUUUUUACAGUUCGGCUGUUCAAAAUAAUUUUUUGUAAAACUUUUAACAAUACAGAAAUCAUUGAUGGCUUAUGAUGGGAUGGUUAUUUUUCGCGUUUAUCGUAAUGAGAACAUUUACUGGCAUUAAUAUGUUAAGACAUCAUAUGAUAAACUUAACUUAUAAUGUAAAUAAGUUAUAAUAAUGUUGUGGGUUGUUGGCAAUUCCAUUGUCGUGUUCCACAAAUAUAUCCUAUUUUGCCCAACCCCUGUCGUGUUCUUCUGUAGUGUUCUUCUCCAGCGGACCGAUGAUUUAUAACAACACCGCUGACGACGUAUGCUUGACAUCAGUAUUAAAGAUAUAAUAUCAAUGGGAUACCGAAUUUAUCAAGUCAUUUU